AUGGUUCCCGUCUCACGCUCCUCCUCCUGGCGCCGCUACGAACUCGUGAUGCAGCGACUAUGGAAAUUUCCACUGCGCUGCCUCUGCUCUGCCAGCGUGAACUCGAGAGCCCCGGGGAGCGAAGGGGCCUCACCCGCCCUCUUGGCAGGAGCCCCGCGCUCUGCCUUGAUCUGCCUCAGGCCUGUGGCUGCCCCGGGGAUGGGUUUUUCCCCUGGAAUGUCCCCGGGCAGCUGCCCCGUGUUCCCAUCACAGCAGGGUCUUUCUCACCCCACUGCCCCUUCUAGCCCCCUGGGAGCUCUGGACCUCCGUGUCUCAGAGGGGAAGAUAAUGAACUUUGAGGACACCCUUGAGCUCGGCCCAGGGUCGCGUCCAAGGUCGGGUCUAAGGUCGGGGGUCCCGGCGGGGCGGGCCCUGGCGGUGCCCUCGCGCAUGCGCAGCCGCCAUGCCCCCGCCGUGAGGGAGCGGGAAGAUGGCGCUGGGCGCCCGCCAGAGCCGGCGCUGGUGCGGCCGCGCCGCGCUGCGGAGCUGCUGGAGGUGUGCUGGCGGCGGCGCUUCCUGCGCGGCGGCGCGGGGCCGCUGCCCUGGCGCGCCUACCUGAGCGGGCAGCACCCGGGGCUCGGGCCGCUGGGCGCGGCCCUGCGCGCCAACCUGGCGGCGCAGUGGUGGGACUCGGCCAUACCCCCGCGGGAGCAGGUGUUCGCCGUGGAUGCCCCGCUCCACGGCCCGCCCGGAGCCCCGCGGGACGCGCGGGGGCUGCGGCUGCUGCAGCCGGAGGCGCUGCGGGACGCCUUGCAGGGCUGUGGGCACAGCCCGGCCCUGGACCAAGUGCUGGGCGCCGCGGGAGUGCUGCGGGAGAGCCUCCUGCCCGGUGUUCUGGCGCAGUAUGUCAGCUGCUUAGAGCUGGUGAACAAAAGACUACCUUGUGGCCUCGCUCAGAUUGGAGUGUGCUUUCAUUCUCUUCCAGAAAGUGAGCAACCCAACAAAAACCUUACAAGAAUAGGAGAGAGGACCACGUCCUUGCUUGCAUGGUUUAGUUCUCCCAGAACUUCAGGACAGUGGCUCGAUUACUGGCUACGCCAGAGGCUCCAGUGGUGGAGAAAGUUUGCAGUAGGCCCGUCUAACUUCAGCAGCAGUGACUUUCAUGAUGAAGAAGGCAGAAGAGGAUUUAAGUUACAUUACAAGUUUCCUUGGGGGACAGAAACAAUAGAAACAUUGAAGAACCUUGGUGAUACCGAACUGUUACAGAUGUAUCCAGGGGAAAGUUCAAAAUUACUUGGCCGAGAUGGAAGGAAGAAUGUUAUUCCUCAUGUUCUGUCUAUGAAUGGAAACCUGGACCGAGGAGUCUUGGCCUAUCUCUUUGAUUCCCUACAGCUGGCUGAGAAUCCAUUAACAACAAAGAAAAAUUCACAGAGAAAGGUACUUAAGCUACAUCCUUGUUUAGCACCUCUUAAAGUGGCCUUGGACGUAGGAAAAGGUCCAACAACAGAGCUGAGACAGGUUUGUCAAGGACUGUUCAAUGAACUGACAGAAAACAGAAUUUCUGUGUGGCCAGGUUAUCUUGAAACUGUGCCAGUGUCUCUGGAACAGCUUUAUACAAAGUACGAUGAGAUGAGUAUUCUCUUCAUGAUCUUGAUAACUGAUGCCACUCUGGAGAACGGGGUGGUCCAGCUGAGGAGCAGAGAUACCACCAUGAAGGAAAUGAUGCACAUUUCUAGGCUGAAGGACUUCUUAACUAAAUAUGUGACGUCAGCCAAAAAUGUGAAUGUGUUUUAAUCACAUGGCCCCAGUUCUUCAACAUUCAAGCUACUUCAUCUUGCACUUGAUAAGCAUAAAAAUCAGAAGCUGUGGGUGGGGUGCUGAGUGAUCCCUGGCACGAGCAGCUGCACAGCAGGGCAGUGAGGACCUUACCAGUGUACUGCAGGAUCAGGAAGGCAGCUGAAGCAGCACAAUAUCUUAAGUCAGUUGCUUUGUUGUCACUUCAUAAUUUAAGUUUGAACUGAGUCUUGUCAAACUUCAGAAACAUGGAAUAAAGAGCAGAAGCACUGAACAAUUUUGAACAGAACGCAGGAGCUACCUUUUGGAUUAACUGUGGUUAGUGUAACUAAAGAGAGUCUUGAGGGCACUGUGCCCCAGCUUGCUGGUGCCAGGAGGCUCUUUCCUAGGACCAGAGAGAAAAAUAAAACCAGACUCUCCCCAAGGUGGACCAGGGGUCUCUUGUAAAAAUUCCAGAGUCAGUAGAGGAAUUGACAAAUACAAAAAUCACAGCUGCUUCCCUCUCAUGCAUCAUCUUUGGGGGAGAGAUGCUUUGUUUUCCCUUGAAGAAUGUGUAAGUGAUGGGAAGAGAUCCGUUCUCGGAGAAACAAGACAGGGUCACGUUCUGGCCUUUCGUUGUGUGAGAGGUGGGUGAGCUCAGCACUGGUUUGGAAAUUGGCUCUGAGAAAAGAAAACUGAAAAGGCUCAAUCACUGAGUACAGGACACAAGCUCCAAGCAAGACUCAGAGUUAAGCAAGAAAAUGAGGUGGGCACUGAGGAUGGAGGGUUGGCGAGCCAGGGCAGGGCAGCACUGCUGACUCCUGAGGGAAUAACAGCCAUCUGCAGUAAAGGUUACAAAGGACAUGUCAGCAGGUGAAAGGAACUUUUGAGCACCCAGUUUGAUAACCUAGCAUCUCCCACAUCUCCCAAAGAUGAAAUGUGAAAACAUACUGAAUGAAAAGAAAAAUGCUAAAAAAUAAUUACAUCUACCAGCACUCUUAUCUGUUUUUCAUCCCUUUUCAAACCUCUGUUGGUGUACUCUGAGGUGUCUCUGAGGAGUAUCUGCCCCUCUGUGCAGUUUAACCAGCAGUUACAUGAGUGGCAGCACUGGCUGUGUGUGAGCACCUGCUGCAGGAGUGGACAGCAGUUAAAAAUGCCCUCGAGGGGCUGAGUCACUCACACGCUGCUGGUGCAGGGAAAGGUCAAGGUGGUAUCACAGACCACAA